AUGAAGAGCCUCUUUGGGGCGUCCUUAUUAUGGACGCUGACAGCAGCAGCAACAGCUUGGCAACUGCUUCCACCUCCGCUAAAUGUCUCGGGCAAUUCAGAGUCAUCAUCCAUUGACCUGUUUUCCGGGCUCGUCACCAAAAAGGUUUUCAUUGAGCGCAGCUUCUCGGAACGUAGAGAUACGGAGGGACUGUCGCUGAUUCCUCCAUCGGCCUACGAAUUCGCAGAAAUAUUCAUCGACGAUCUCGCCCAAGUCUCGGGUGAUCGCUGGUCAUUGCAUGUAGUUGACGAGUUUCCACACCACGGGAGUGGUAUUUUCUUAAGCUCUUCAUCGCAGAAUCUGACCUACCAAAGCGGCCUCGUGACAGAGGAAGGUUAUACGCUUGACAUUCACUCAAAUGGGGUUAUCGCCAUCGCAGGAACUGGUGCCAGGGGCAUGUGGUGGGGAACAAGAACUUUGCUACAGAUGGUCCUUCGAGAAGAAAACGAAGCUGUUGGUAAACUUCCAGUCGGUCAUUAUGCCGAUGCACCUGCGUACCCAACUCGAGGGUUCAUGCUUGACGCUGGACGGAAAUGGUACUCGCCUUCAUUCUUGAAAGACUUGUGUACAUAUGCAUCGUUCUUCAAAAUGUCCGAGUUUCAUUACCACUCUGCCGACAACUAUCCCCUUAGCCGUGGCCACAACGAGACCUGGAACAAAGUGUACUCCCAGUUUUCCAUGCGACCCAUCAGCGACAGUCUAUCUCCACUUGUUCAGCGCGAGAACGAAACUCUGAGUGGUGAAGAUCUGGAAGAUUUCCAGCAGCAUUGUGCCGGAAGAGGUGUCACAGUUAUCCCAGAAAUUGAAGCCCCCGGGCACGCUCUCUCAAUCACGAAAUGGAAACCAGAAUUGGCACUGGCCUCAAAGGACCUCCUCAACCUGAGCCAUCCAGACACCAUCCCUACAGUCAAGGAUAUGUGGACAGAUUUCCUUCCGCGCCUCCAUUCGAAAGAAGUACACAUUGGAGCCGACGAGUACGACUCCACACUUGCAGACGACUAUAUUAAUUUCGUCAACGAAAUGUCCGACUGGGUACAGAAGACUUCUAACAAGACCAUUCGCAUCUGGGGCACAUAUGAACCGUCGCCAACAAAUCUAACAGUCUCGAAAGAUAUCAUUAUCCAACACUGGCAAGCAGGUCAAUCAGACCCCGUUGAACUGGUAAAUAGCGGAUAUGAAGUCAUAAAUUCAGAGGAUCUGUGGGCGUACAUGUCGAUCAAAAACGACCACGUUCCCAUCUCGCCAGCUCCUUAUCCUACCUUUUUCAAUGAGACUCGGGUGCUCAACUACGGAGAAGAGCAGGGGAACCAGUGGGAUCCACACGAUAUAAACUACGAUAACCUCACCCAAGAGCUAGCCCCAUUGUCCAAAUACAACAGAGGCGCAAUUUUUGCAGCAUGGAAUGACAAUGGGCCGGAUGCGAGCACCCAGCUAGAGGCCUACUAUGCGAUAAGACGAGGGGUACCACUGGUCGCUUCUCGGGCUUGGUCGGGUUCGAGAGGCCCUCUCGUGGAAGAAGAUUCACUUGAUCAGACGAUUGACAUCUUAACGCAACACAUUCCGGGUGAGAAUCUAGACCGCGUAUUACACGCUGAGUCCAAAGGUCGCUCGCUAUUGACUUGGAGCCGCCAGUCACACCAUCCUAAAGAAGUUUACCUCAAUAAAGGGAGCAAAGGUCUCAACUAUACUCUGAUUCUGUCAGUAACAGGGCCAUUUUCCCUGUCUUCCUCGGAUGUCUCUCUCUCGCUCUCUCCCUCAGAUUCGGAUAGCUCCUCCAGUACUCUGGAAUUUACAUCUGAUGGCUGGCCAUACCCUCUUCGUUCAACGUCGUAUAAUGACAGCACAUUGUUUCCCGAAUCUCCGGGAAUGGGCCGGAUAUGGGGAACGCCGCCGGGUAACAUGACAGAAUCCUCACAUGUGCCAGUGGCCAUCCCCAGUCCUUCCGUUGACCGGCCCAUCAAGGUCACGAUAACAACAGAUGCCGUACGAGGAAGUAGGUGCUGGAUCGAUGAUAAGUUUGUCGGCCGGUUUGAGGUACUCGUAUUCGGGGGGCAUAAUGUCUACCAGUCUUGGAGUCAAAUGGCGUUUGUCGCGCCGUUGGAUAUCGCCGAGGGUGGCGUUACGAAUAUCGAUUUGGUAGCAAAAGUGGUCGAGCCUUGA